UGUGCUUUAGUCGCCGCUCGUCCUCCACGUUGGACGGAUGGUGUGCGUCUCUAUUAUCAUAUUGUGUGGCAAAAGAAUUUUCCUAAUCUUUCGGUAAACGAACUGACUUACCUCAGUGUUUAUCGAAGGAAAGUGAACUGGUUCCUAAGAAGUGGCAAUCGUAAGUGAGGGGUCGUGUGGUGAUCUUUUUUUUUCGUGUUCUUCGUCACAGCGUAUUACACGAAAUCUACUGCAUUACUUUUUUUUUCCUCACAUCGUUGCGAUGCAUCGGAAUUGAACAAACAAAUGAAGAAAGCAAGGAUUCAUCGACGCGGGAGAAACUAAUGAAAGUAUGCUAAUUGGAUGAAAGGACUUUUACAGCGACAGAUCAGUUACCUCCGCGCGUAAUCUCGAUCGUUCUGAGAUCGAGAACCUGAUUAUGGAACAUGAGCAACGAGCAGAAUCCGAGGCCGUGUUGGAAAUUUAAUCGGAACACAGACAAGGCUUCAUGUGCAAGAGCAAGCUGUCAAGGACAAAUGAAGGAAGACCAUUCUUCGAAAACGACUGACAAAAUUCACAAUGUGUUCGGUCGAGAGCCGAUUAAAAAUUGGUCGAAGGACUACCUGCAAGGAAGCAUCGUCGAAGCGGAAAAGAAGCACUCCGAGAGCGUUGCGGAGAGGGACAGCCAAAGAAAUUCGUCUUGGCAAACAGUCGAGAUCUGCCGCGAUAGUUUCCUUUCGAGGAGCAACGAAGCCACUUCGGGACGAAACGUCGUACACACGGAGGCAGGAAAUUUCCCGUGGAGGAGAGGCAACGCCAUGGAACAACGUAAUUCGCAAACUGUUUGGGAUUUGAAAACGACCUCGCCGGAAGCGUGCGAGAGCAAACGGCUGUUUGGUAUAAACGAAAAUCUGCCGGAGGAUUUGAAAGAGAGAUACUUUUGGAAACCGAGGGAGAACUGGGGCAUCUCGCAGAAAAUGUACGAAAAUUCGAAGGAACGUUCUUCCCAGAGCACCGACGCAGGAAGUCCCGUUGGGGCAGCCGGCUCGCAAGCUUCCUACAGGAUGGUGAAAAAUUGCGAAAACUGUUCCUGGAGGUUGGAAACAAGCUCGCCGUUGGACCGAACGCCGACGUUCGCGAAUUUGGCGUUGGACGUCUCGUACGCGGGUUUAGACACGUCCGGUUUCCUAGAUAUCGAAACCUCGAGGAAGUCCGAGGACGAUAUGCCCGAAUAUUGGGAAGAUCUCAGCGUGGUCGAGUGCCUGGGUGACAAGUCGUCGUCGUGCGACGAGAGCACGCCGGAGGAGCGGGUGCAGGCGUUGAAAGAAAUUCUGGCGGAAACCGAUAUUCACGAGGGGGAUGGAAUCGUCUCGGAUUUUCUGUUCCACGUUGCCAGAACGAAGUACGGCAAGAUUUAUAUCAGGGUUAUCAGAACGUUGCUCCUUAACCGAGUUUUAUGUAGCAACCGGGUGAGCCAAAUGACCAAGACUUAUAAUGAUAUAGAAGCAGUUACAAGGCUUCUAGAGGAGAAAGAAAAGGAUUUAGAAUUAACCGCGCGUAUCGGCAAAGAACUUUUAUCGCACAAUCAAAAACUCGAAGCCACAGUUACCAGUUUAGAGGCCGAUGUAAAAGAAGCCAAUGAAAAAAUUACGCAACUCACGCACGAACUCGCAAAGAAGACAGAAUUAAUUCAGAUAUUAACAAAUGAUGCCGAAGAAUCGAACUCCGAAGCCGGUACGCCCACCGGACUUCGCGGUAUCAGUCUUGACAUAAUGCAAAAGAAAAUCAGCUCUCUCGAGGAUGAAAAUAAACAAUUAAGAACUGAAUUUGUAAAAUUGAUGCAUGACGCUGAUAAUUCGGAGGAACAGGAGGCGAAACUUGUCAAAGACAUUGCUGCUCAACUCGCAAGUGCAAACAUGGAGGUAGAUGGAAUAACCGAGGAGCUUGAUAAACAGAAAGAAGAAAAUCGAUUGCAACAUGAGCAAAUUGUCAGUUUAACGGCAAAACUAGCUGAAACAGAAUUGAGAUUAGCACAGUUGAUGGCCGAACAUGAUGAAGUGGGAGCUACUUUGCUCAUCACCAGAGACAACCAGAAUACUCUGGCAAACGAAUUAGCUGAAUUCAAAGAUCGAUAUGCCGAGGUGGUGAAUUUGUUAGCUGAAACUCAGGAACAAUUACGAAAACAAAGGAAAAAAGGGAUGCCAACUGUUAGAGGAGGAUCUUUGUUCCCUUCAAUGGGCGCUGUUCCACAACCAGAUUCCAUUGCUUCAGAAUUGGAAUCGUCACUUUAUUCUGAACUCAGUUUAGACUCUGGUAUCAGUGCAGAUAGAAUACCAACGUAUAAGAAAGUUUUUGAAACAGUGAGGAAUGUGUCAAGAAAUGCAUCUUGUCCAGAUGCAAGUCAGUUCCCACGAAUAGGUUCAAUGACAGUGUCAACUCUGUCAAGUGGUUUUACCGGACCGCGAAUGAGUUGUGGACAAGUUCGACCUAUAAAAUCAAUAUUUCCUAGUUUGGAUUCCACUGGGCACAGUGAUUCAGAAGGCUCGCUUAUUACAGAUUCUGAAGAUUAUCCAGGACCACAGCAAACAGGAGUGCCAGGUGCUCCUGGUGCAGCAGAUUUAGAAGCAGCACUACGUAGAUUGACACCUGCAGAAGUUCUUACAAGGCGCGCUUGUCUCAGUAGCGGGACAGGAUAUAGCUAUGAUUAUGAUGCCGGAACCCGUUCACCAUCUACUUUCGUACCUAUUGGUUGUAGAACUCCAGACAGUAUUAUGUCUACAGGAAGCACUGGGAAUUUAAGUGGUUAUGGUAGCAAUUCUUGGAGAAUUCCUGAAAAAUUACAGAUAGUGAAACCUCUCGAAGGUUCACAAACUUUACAUCAUUGGACUCAAUUAGCUACACCUACGUUAGGUGGUCUUUUAGAAGAACGGCCAGGAGUAAAAACACGAGGAGGUCGAGGCCUGGAGGAUUUAGGCCUAGUUACUUUUACUUUAAGCGAUCUUGAAGAAGAUGAAGAGUACACCAAUCCCGGCAAACUUUUUCAAGAUACGGGUUCCGUAUAUACGUUCACCAAUAGUACCGUUCUACAUCCUGAUGAUCACACAAGUGUUACACCAAGCGUUGUUGGUAGCCGAGUCGCAACGGCACCUAGUAGUGCUUUAAAUUCUGGUAUGAGUACUCCAAGAACGUUGAGCAGAAGGAAUUCGACGUCAACAUUUUCAACAACCCUCGGACUUGCAAAGAUGUUAAACGAGAGAGGUAUUAAAGCUGUAACGCCUUCUUCUUCGUUAACUCCGAGUGAAGAUAGGAAUUAUACACCUACAGCAACACCUUGUAACAGUCCUGAUGCUAGUCCCCCGGAAAGUCGAUCUAGUUCACCAACUCCAGAAAGUGGACUUUCUUUAGGAUUAUUAUCCACUGGUGCUGAAUUAUUAAAAAGAACAUUCGGCGGAGAAACUGAGACAAAGAGAAAACGACCAGUAUUAUCCAGGUCAGACAAGAAAGCUCUUACCAGUAUCCGUCUAGUUGAGAAACUUGAAAGAAUAGGUAUUGAUACUAUAAUGGCUACAACGAUUGGUUCAUCUAUUUCUCCAUUAGUGUUACAAGGUUCUUUAUAUACGAAACGUACUACCGAAAGCCCUAUGGCUCAGUUAACUUUCCUGAAAAGCUCCAUGAGUGGAAGUCAAGACAAACUUUCACCUUCUUCCACUGCUAGUGAUUCCUCAAUAACAAAACGAAACAUAACUGACAAAAAGCAAGAUGAAUCGAUGUCAAACAGGGAGUGUAGACAAAGAAGAAGUGGUGCUAGAGCUAUGAGACGUGAUCUUGGACAGGUUACACCUGCAGUCUCUGUUGCAGUUACAAAAGAGUCUCCAGCGCAAUCCGCUUUGGGUACUAUUAGCUCGCUUUUAUUUGGACGAAAAGGUGGAUUACUUUGAGAGCAGCAUUGUUUGCUGAGUACUUGAGUAAAUUGUAAAGAAAAGAUCAGAUGAGUUUUUAACGAAACGUAAUAGACAAUUGUCGGAGCGAUGAUAAAAUGAAUAAUUAGUUCCUUUCAUCUAUACUAAGUUUGCUUUACAAAAUAUGUCAACAAAGAUUAUAAAUUAAGUUUUUACAUAAUUUCUCUAUUUUAUCUAACAUGUAAUUAAA